AUGAACGUCUACUCGGUCUUCGUCUUCGCCGUUCUCGCCAUCUCUUCGGUCUCGGCCAUCGGAUACGUCAAGGGCGGCUCGAAAGGAUGCGGUGGAAACGGAGGCGGAAUCAUCAUCGGAUCCUCCCGCGACCAGUGAUCAGCAUCCAACAUGUUGAAUAAAUCAUGAGCAUUCCAAAUGUUUCUUCUUUGUUUCUGUCGUUUAGGAGAGUUUUUCGAAACUUCCCUCGUUUUCCUUCGCGUUCGCUCGCCUCGCCAUUGCCCGUGAAACGUCGGCUGCUUCCCCCCGACCGCCUAUAUAAACACUCUCUUCUCUCACUCUCCCGACCUGGUCCGGCGUCGGUGGGUUAUCUUUCAAGCCCUCCCAUCGGCAUCCACUUGACCAACGUUUUUGACACUUUUCAAGCUGUUUUCAUAUCAUAUGAAUUUUAAUUGGUUUUAGUCCUAUCGAUGAAUUUCGCAAUCAAGAGUGACGAGGAUUUGUUCUUGAACAUCUCAAGAAGCAAUAACUUGCCUGUUUUGCAUAGUCUUCGUUUCCAGCUUCCAGGUAUAACUUUACGGGGCCAUAGCUUUUAUCGCUCCGUGACUUUUCCUUGUUGAAAAGAGCCCUACGCCCUCGGUUUCGCCCAACUUCUUCGUCAAGUUUACCUCUUCGCCAUCCUCGUCGCCGGAACCGGCGGAUCCACUCAUGGACCACGUCACAAGUUCGGAGGAAGAGGACGCAACGGAGAAGCCAACGGAAUCUACGGAUAUGGUGGAUACAGACCGGAUAAUGGUGAAGUCCUCGUCGGAAACUUCCAUCGCGCCAAGAGAAACUGCUCUGGAAGAGAUUAA